AUGUCAGUGUCCAACUUUUGCGGGCGGUGCGGGCGCAAGUCAAGCGCCGCCCUUGGCUCGUUCUUUGUCUGCCCAGCUGAGGGACGCCCCGACAGUCAAGACGCGCUUCCCCCCGGCUGCCUUGGCAAUAUAUGUCGCAUAUUCUCAGCAACGUCGCAGACUCUGGCGGACGUCUCACGACAACAGACGGCUUUUACUAGCUCUUUUGCCGUGGCAGAUCGCUUGCCUUUUAGCGUUAUACCUAUCUUUGUACGUUACGACAACAGCGGAGUCUUCGCAUUAAAGAGGACGUCGAAAACAUUAUUACGUCGUCGUCGUCGUCAACAUCUCAUGGCAGUACCACAGAGGUUGCCAUGUCGAAUCGCUUUGAUGCGGUCACCCUCAGGCUACACCAAGGAAGCUUCCCACGCGACAGGCGGUCGCUUCGGGACAAAAGCCGGCAGGCCGCUACUCAAAUAUCUCGAUGAGAACGAGACGAGAACCGUGAGAGAUAAUCCGGUGCCAAUAACCCAACGGACUACAGGGUACGCUACGAUAGCGUCGGCGCGGCGGUUGAACGGCCGCUCUCGUCAGUUGGAACUGCCCGUUGAAGUCAAUACUGCACAGGGACAAGCUGGUCGUUGGCGCUUAGCUGUCUCCCAAAUGAACGUCGGAGUGCAGGGAUGUGUGCGGAUGCCUCAAAAGAAACCCAAGUGCUUCGUGGGGACGAUCAAAUGGCGACGUCCGUCCGUCCGUCUCGGCUAUGUUCAUCUGCCUGAGCGAGGCGAGCAUUUCUACGAUGGUAAUCGAGGAGCCGCCCAACGGAUCUCCAUGGGCGGGUACCAGAAGAGCAAAAAGAGCGCUGAUCACCUCAUCUCCCAUCCCCUGGACAAGUUGCCAUCAUAA